GUAGCUUCUAGGUAUCUCCACCCGGGCCGCCUGUAAAGGACGAGGCCGCUGGAGAAACGGCCAAAUGGAUCUCCCCGGAUGCUUGGCUUCCGAUGUCAUGGUGGCCACGACACAAGAACCCACGGUGAUGGAGGGGAUGCGAUGCCAACCCCAGCCAGCAGGGCAGCCAGCCUCCAUGGCAACACCUGCGGAGGCGGCGGUGGAGGCAGCCGCUCCGCGACAAACUUACAAGAGCUGCACCUUCUGUGCCAAACGGAAGCGUGCCUGCGAUAGCCAGAAACCUCGAUGCAGGGUCCUUUGCAUCGAGAAGAAUCAGCCGCACUGCCACUACCCGUUGAAGCCGUUGCUGAAGCGGGCAGCAGCAAAGCCAACGGCGGCGCGACGGCUGUCCUCCUCGUCCUCUUCGUCUUCCGACUGCUCCAUUUCCUCGGGAGAUGCCAGUAAGGCCAAGCGGCUGGCCGAAGCUCCCGAAGUUGCUUCGUAUGGUACGGGGGGCGUGCUAGCGACCGUCGACACCCGGAGCAUGCCGACUGUGCGGGGUCGCAUGUCUCUCAAGAGGUGCCGGCUGAGCUCGUCGCCGGCUACAGGUCUCGUGGGCAUGCCGGAGAACGGUUUCUUGUGCGACUUCUUCGGGUGCUUGGGUAUCCUUCCCCUCACGACCGAGAGCACUGUUCGCAACGCGAUGGUGGAGGUCAUGAUGCGGCAGUGCGGCGGCCAGGUGUACUCCGGAACCGGUGGCUCCGGGAUGGAAGGACUGGCCGAGGAUGAGGAGAAGGGCUGGCGUGGCGGUGGGGCGUUGGCUCGUCGCCAUACUCUACCGGACCAUCCAGCCAAGUGCAUGAUGUGGUGCGCAAUCGCGCUGGGGGCGCUCAUGAGGGGUGUUCCGGUUGAGCGUGUGACGGGGUACGUCCAGUUGGCGCGGGAGUCUCUGGCUGAUUGCUUUGACGGGAGAAGCGUCGAACACGCCAGAGCCUACCUCAUCGUGUCCUUCUUGCACCGCGGAAAGAACGAGCGCUAUAUGUCUUUGGCCGUGAAUAUUGCUUCCAAGCUUCGACCAGAGGACGUGCCAAAGGAACUGUGGCUAAUGCUGAUGACCACGGACAACUUGAGGGUGUCCGCGUGUAACCCGCAACCAGGGGACGAUCUCAGCACUUCCUGCGACGAGGCUCUGGAGCUACCCCAGGUGCGGGAGGCUCAACACCCCUUGACGCCGACGGACGUCAGCAACGUGUUCCUUGCGGCGGACAGCCUGCUCAGUCAGGCAUUCGUUGCUGACAUGACGUCGGCAGGAGCGAUUACUGCAUCGGGAAGAGGCGCGGCACCCCACGAGGAGAAUGGGGAGCCUGCUCUCGGCGACUCCUACCGAGAGCUCGGAGGCGGUGGGGUGAUGGAGGAGGGUGGCAAGCAAGUGCGGAGUGCGGGCGUGGCCUGUGAUGACGAGGAGCUAGCCAACAGGUUGCACCGUGAACCAGACGUGCCCCCGACGGGACCCGCUAUGAAGCGCUUCGCCCGGGAGGCUCUGCCAGAGAUGACGAGCUUGGCGAAGACGCUGGAAAGGUUUGUUCCGACACGUGCUCGGGCGUCGGUGGUGUUCUCUAUCACGGGAGACAACGUGGCCUACAUGCGGGCUGUUGCCGGCGAGCUGGUCAAGGCGUUCGAGUCUCUCGAGGCCUGCGUAGACGUAGUGCUGCGCUACCCCGGCCUCGUCCGUUUCAGGCGUACGUCUCAUUUGAUACACUGCAUGCUCGCUGCGAGCCACUUUUUCAAUCGGCGAGACAUGUACGACGCCAUGAGGGGGGUGUACAACUCCGUGGGUCCGAUGGGGUAUCCACAAGUUCCACCCUACGAAGAAUGGAGGACGAUUCGUCAGGUCUGCCCCCACAUCUUAUGCAGUUUUCGUACUGACCUAUUGCCUCCCCGGUGUUCUAAUGUAUUCGGUGUUUUCCGGCGGAUUCGCCCACACUCUUUUGUCGCCCCGGUUAAAAGAUCGAUGGAGGUGGAACGUCUCCAACGGUAUGGCGAGGGACCUGUACAGACAAACGCCGCUUCUGAGGAACUGGUGAUGUCUGAAGCUUUAUCCGGCUCGAUUACGUCUCCCCUCAGCGGAGCGGACACUAAGAGCAGUGGCGCGCCCCCAGGAGGGCUGGCAAGCGAGGAGCAGGGGUCGCUAGCGCCGACGAGAGCCAUAGGUGGCACUGCCGUGUCAUCACCGCUCCCCGAAUUUUCGCACACCUUGGCAACAUUCGUGCCAGACGGCGGUAGGAACGACGAUGCGGCUGCUAGAGACAUGCCGUUGCAACCUGGGCUGGUGGCGACUGCCAUGCCCAUCCCGGAGCCGGUAUACUCUGCAAAGGGUGAAGCCGGCGGUGUUCGGCGUGCCGACUGGUCGGGUGCGGCCGCUACCGGCGGGCAGCCGCGCAGUGGCACUGGCGCUCGCGCUCCAGACAGCCCAAAGAUCGGGUUCGAGUGGUGGGGAGGAGACGUGGUGUCAGGGGAGGCGGAGAUGAACAUGACUGACGCGGAUCUGUUGGAUAUCGCGGCAGUGUUCGCGAAUGACGAGGGGCUUCUGGAAGAG